CCCUGUGGGGUUGAUAACUAUUAAUAUCUUCAUUUUACAGAUGGGCAAAUGGGUAAACUGAGGUUUAGGCACUGAUUCAGUAUCAAACAGCGGAGGAGUGGCAGAGGAAGGAACCCAAAACCUCUGGCCUCAGAGAUCAGUGAUUUAAACCACUAUAUAUACAAUAUAAUGCACGUGGUAGAGGCAUGUAGUAGGCAUGCAAUAAAUUUAGGUCCUUUCAGUUUCUGGGAGUAUCAAGAGCUCCCAGUUCCUCCCUGAUUUCAGUUUCUUCCAUUGCCCAUCUGUCUGAACCACUCCUUUUAGCCUUGCCCUGCCCAACCCUCCUGGCUUCACCCUCCCUCUGCUAACAAAGGUCAAGCAGGCAUUUAUAGGCUCUGAUAAGGCCCUGGAAGGUCCAAAGUUUGCCAGCACUUCCUCUUUGCAGAAGGGCUUAGAGGAGGGGGCUCUGAGUUGAGUCCCCCAGGCCUGGCCCAGAUCAUCUGGGUUCUGGCUGGUUACCAGUAAGGCUGAGAAGAGAAGGGAGACGAGAUGCCCUAGAAGAUGUGAGCCGGGGAUGCCCAGAAGAGGGACCCCAUAAAUCCUGCCCUGCCAGCCACUCCCUUAUCCUCAGGUAUAAAAGCCACCUACCACUUGCCAUCAGCCAUCAUUCUCCACUCCUGCAGCUGUUCUCACAGGAGGAGCCACCAGCCCAGCCUCUCGAGAUGGCCUUUGUCCCUGCACCGGGCUACCAGCCCACCUACAACCCGACGCUGCCGUACCACAACCCCAUCCCAGGUGGUCUCAGGGUCGGAAUGUCUGUUUACAUCCAAGGAAUGGCUAGCCAGCACAUGAAGAGGUUCUUCGUGAACUUCGUGGUGGGCCAGGGCCCUGGGGCGGACGUGGCCUUCCACUUCAACCCCCGCUUUGAUGGCUGGGACAAGGUGGUCUUCAACACGCAGCAGGACGGCAAGUGGGGCAAGGAGGAGAGAAAAAUGAGCAUGCCCUUCAGCAAGGGCGCCGCCUUCGAGCUGGUGUUCAUGAUCCUGCCGGAGCACUACAAGGUGGUGGUGAAUGGGAACCCCUUCUAUGAGUUUGGGCACCGGCUCCCAGUGCAGACGGUCACCCACCUGCAAGUGGAUGGGGACCUGGAACUCCAAUCAAUCAACUUCAUCGGGGGCCACCCUGCCCCAUUCCAGCCACCCAUGCCUAAUCCAGCGUACCCAGGUCCUGGCCAGUACCACCAACAAUCAAGAAGCCUGCCUACCAUGGAAGGACCCCCAACCUUCAACCCGCCCGUGCCAUUUAUGGGGAGACUGCAAGGCGGGCUUACACCCCGAAGAACCAUCAUAGUCAAGGGCUAUGUACCCCCCACAGGCAAGAGCUUUGUCAUCAACUUCAAGGUGGGAUCUUCGGGGGACCUGGCUCUGCACAUUAACCCCCGCCUGACGGAGGGCGUCGUGGUUCGGAACAGCCGCCUGAAAGGCUCGUGGGGACCAGAGGAGAGGAAACUUUCCUACAACCCAUUCGGUCCUGGACAGUUCUUUGAUCUGUCUAUUCGCUGUGGCAUGGAUCGCUUCAAGGUUUAUGCCAAUGGUCAGCACCUCUUCGACUUUUCCCAUCGCCUUUCCACCUUCCAGACAGUGGACAUGGUGGAGAUCCAGGGUGAUGUCACUUUGUCCUACGUCCAGAUCUGAUCUAUUCCUGGGGCCAUAACCAUUGGGAACACAGAGGAAGAUCCUUUAAAGACCCUAAUAAAAUGUCUAACAGUG